AAUUCGUCAGCGAUUGUCGGAUCAGGCGAGAAAGCUUUUUGAUGUACUGUUCGCUGUUUUCGAAAAAUGUCAUUUGUUUUUAGUAGUUAACUGUUACGACAUGAAAAGUUUCGUAUUUGUGUCAGUUUGUAUUUUCAGUAUAUUCACUGGAUAUGAGUGUCAAGGGCAAAAUCAAGUUCAAGGUAAUUACAACAUCAAUCGCAACAAUUUGUUGGGUUUAGCUUCUUCAUUACAAAAUUUAGCUGGGAAUAUCUUAACCAACUUACAACAAGGUAAUCCAGUUGACAUUCAGUUCUCUACUAAUUUUGGAGGCAAUAUUAACGACCAAAAUUAUCAGAGAAAUCAGCAAUAUCCUUCAAGAUAUCAACAGACAGGUCUACCAGGUCCUCCUGGUUUCCAGCAUCCGCGAGGGCCUCCUGGAUAUGGUCCGCCACCAGGGCCACCCCCAGGACCACCUGGUUAUGGUCCACCCCCCGGGCCACCUCCAGGGCCUCCUGGAUAUGGUCCACCACCAGGACCACCUCCAGGGUCUCCUGGAUAUGGUCCACCACCAGGACCACCUCCAGGGCCUCCUGGAUAUGGUCCGCCUCCAGGUCCACCUCCAGGUUACCCUGGCUAUGGCCCUGCUGGAUAUGAUCCAAGACCCGGUUUUGGUUUUCCAGGCCAUGGCCAACCUGGACCUCCACCGGGGCCUCCUCCUCCUGGUCCGCCACCCCCUGGACCACCACCUCAUGGACCACCACCACCUGGACCACCUCCACCACCUGGGUAUGGUCCUGUAGGAUCACCGCCAUUUGGACCACCACCUCAUCAGAAUCCUCGUCACCCUGGACACGGUCGUCCUGGACAGAAUCAGCCACUUCAAAGGCCUGACACUCGAGAAGAUGAUUCUGACAGGCCAGUAUUUGAUACAAACGAAGACGAAGAUAGACAGAAGAUUUCUGGCUAUAUUAAUGGAGACUUUCCUGUAAUUUUGCUCGAAAAAAAUGAAAUCCGGUAACUGGUCUUUUUGAAUGAACAUUUUGACAGAUUUUUUACUUCUUCUAUAUAUUUACCAAUAGAAAACAUAUUAUAAAUGAAAAUAUAGAUAAUUUUUCAAACGAUUUUUAUUCAUUUAGUCUUUUAUAUUCUUGUAAAAUUAUGAGUUAGUAAUUUCAAGUAAAUGGUCCAUACAGAUUACAUGUAGGUACAUUCAAAUACACCGUUAUGGAAAGAACAGGUAAAAAUAAUUUACUGCAUGUGAAGCAAUUAUUUGUUCCAAAACAAUCUGGGUUUUUGCUUUGGGCUUUUGUAACUUACAAUACAAUUGUGAAUAAAGUAAUCUAUGCGGUGCAGUUUUUGGUUCCUGUUUUGCCUAAUAUAUGCAAUAUGAUCGCAAAAAAAACGGCGUCAGCGAUAGCUAUGAAAUGAAGAUCGCUGUCAUUUUAUAUGUAAAAUUAUAUGGGGAAUGCAAUUGAUCGUCAUUAAUUUCUAAGCCAACUGGACGCCGUUUUUUUUUCUAUCAUACGGUAUAAUUGUAAUAGUUCUCUCUUAAUACUGUACUGACCCAAAAAGUAAAUAUAUUGUAUAAUUUUAUUAAAUAUCUCUCAUACCACAAACUGAUGUUUAUGUUCGUAUGAUUUUUCUUUGGUUCUCUUUACUAAAUUUAUGAAACUAUAUCUUAAAAUAAAAUGAGAAAUAUUAAUCUAAUGCGUUUAUUUAUUUCUUCAUAAUAAAUUAUGUAACAUAAUUGAAGU